GUGACGUUAACUGUCGAAAAAGGCUUACCUCUGGGGCUAUUGAUACGUGGUGGAGUAGAAGACGGAUUGGGGAUUUUUGUAACUGGAGUUGAGAGUCCAUCUGCUGCAGAAUUAGCGGGAUUACGGGUUGGUGAUCAAAUACUGUCAGUAAACGACCAGGACUUUCAAACUAUCUCACACGAUAAGGCCGUGGACAUUUUGAAAUUUUCCCCUCUCAUGACAAUGACCAUUCGAUACGUAGGAAAGAUCCCCCUUGCAUGCACGCCCUACAGCGGACAACCUUGGUACCAAGACCAUCAACAGCUAUCAUCCCCACGAUUAUCCAGAAGGGGGAGCUCCAGGAAAAGGGAACAACCCAGAGGUAUUGAGGCAAGAGUUACGUCACCCACAGAAGAAGCCGAGAAAAUCUUGGACCUCAAAGCUCAACAGAUAUUGACGGAAAAUGAAAGAAUUUCGUUGGCUUACUACUGCAACGAAUACGAAACUAGGGCUAUGACAGUAGACGCCUUUGUGGCGGUUUUAAUGGAACUGCUGGAAAACCCAGAAAAGAGCAAGGAAGUAGUUAAACAAGCUAUAGACCAGCCGGGAGAUUGCCAAACGUUGUCGACAUCUUCAUCGAAUGAGGCUCGUUCGCCAAGAGGAAGCUUUCGAAGAAAGAACGUCUCCCAUCACCAUCAACACACCGUGCCAGAUCGUUUAAACCUCCGCACCGAGGCGCCACCUGGCGAAAAUGGACUCACAUCGAGUCAAGAUAGCUCCCUGGAUGUGGUUGACAGAAACAGGCUUAUGUAUGGAACUUCUAAUGAUGCAAGGAUUUCUCUUGGAUCAAGACUUCAGUUAUCAGAUAACCAUUACAAGUCAUACCCGUGUAAAUCUCCACGGCAACUUCCUCAUCGUUCCUUUGAUGUCCACAGUGGAACAAAAGAAACUAACAGUGCGACUCUACUUCGUCGACUAACUUUAAGGAGACACAGUAGUGGAGGAGAAGGAGUCAACCCCGAAGAGCGUCGAAACUCUAGUCGGGUGACAGAAGACAGAAGAUGGAGCCUUGGAAGCGAGUUGUUAGACUCCCAUGGAUACGAAAGGCUAGAGUUACAUCGUACAACCACCGAACCGAAUGGAAGGUUAAGAAUAAUUAUCAAAAAGACAAGGCCUCUGCUAGGUAUCGCCAUUGAAGGUGGCGCUAACACCGGGCAACCCUUACCAAGAAUUAUCAGCAUUCAUGACUCUGGAUCGGCAUUCGAGGCUGGUGGUUUGAAGGUGGGACACAUAAUCUUGGAAGUAGACGGCUUUCGUACUAGUAAAAUGAAGCAUCACGAGGUGGCGCAGUUAAUCGCCGAUUCAUUUUACAAUUCAGACAGAGAUCAGCUAGAGCUUUUGGUAAUGGAAAAGGCCAGAACAGAGUUAGAGAUAAGAAGGUCUUCCUUCAUGGUUUUAGAGUGACAGAUGAUACUGUUUUCAAUGGAACAACAGCCCGUGAGACGUUGAUCCUGAGUCGAACAAGAGGCCUUUGAUAUUUGUAGAGAUGCUGUAGCUGGUUAGAAACACGUCUGGUUGAUUUACUACCAGCAGGGCUUGGUUGUUGUUGAUGCCAUGUUCUGUAAAUUUGAAGGCUUAAGACACAGAUCACAUCUUUAAACCCAUCUUUACAAAUCAAAAUAUACUUGUCCUCUUGAAUAUUCUCCAAAAUUGGCUGGCUGCUAGCGUUGUACAUAAUGGCGUACGUCGUAUGUUUAGUGAUACGUUUCUGUAAAAGAAAAAAACAACAAAAAAUCAGCCAUAUUGUUUCCAACACGGACAGGUAAAACAUAUAAAAGUAGCAUGUUGUUUUUCUAAAUAAGUUCCCAGCUUAUAUAAAAUUAUUCACCUAUACUCGGCGGUAAAAUGGAACAUUGUGAUUAUAUGAUAAUGUAAGGAAUAACGAAGACUGUUGAAGGGCACUGUUACAAACUGUAUUUUUAGUUAUAGUGAGAGCUCAAAGAUCUAUUCUUAAACACUAAACAUCAGUAUAUAUAUAUAGUACUAUUACAAAUUGUAUUUUUAGUGAUUUGAUGAAAGAUCUGAGAUUUGUCCUUAGACCCUAAGCAUCAGUACAUGUAAUAGUAUUAUAAAAUGUAAUUUUAGCAACAUGGUGAGAGCUAAAAUAUGUGUCCUUAGACCCUAAGCAUCAGUACAUGUAGUAGUAUUAUAAAAUGUAAUUUUAGCAACAUGAUGAGAGCUAAGAUAUUUGUCCUUAGACCCUAAGCAUCAGUACAUGUAGUAUCAUUGAAACUGUAUUACUAGCGACAUGGUGAGAACUAAGAUAUUUGUCCUUAGACUCUAAGAAUCAGUACAUGUAGUAGUAUUAUAAAAUAUAAUUUUAGCAACAUGGUGAGAGCUAAGAUAUUUGUCCUUAGACCCUAAGCAUCAGUACAUGUAGUAGUAUUAUAAAAUGUAAUUUUAGCAACAUGAUGAGAACUAAGAUAUUUGUCCUUAGACCCUAAGCAUCAGUACAUGUAGUAGUAUUAUAAAAUAUAAUUUUAACAACAUGGUGAGAACUAAGAUAUUUGCCCUUAGACCCUAAGCAUCAGUACAUGUAGUAGUAUUAUAAAAUGUAAUUUUAGCAACAUGGUGAGAACUAAGAUAUUUGUCCUUAGACCCUAAACAUCAGUACAUGUAGUAUCAUUGAAACUGUAUUACUAGCGACAUGGUGAGAACUAAGAUAUAUGUCCUUAGACCCUAAGCAUCAGUACACAUGAAUGCAGUUUAGGCCGAGGUUUAUUAGUUUACAGAGUCAGUGCCUUUAUGUGAAAAUAAUCUGUGAUUAACUACGUCUCAAUGGGAGAGCUUAUAAUAAAACAGUAUGUGAUACCUGUAGGUUUCAAUAACUUCUUCAUCUUAAAUAUAAAAAAAAAUCUACUUUUAACGUUUUAAAAAUUGAGACGAACAAUUACUUAAAACAUCAUCCACUCUCAGUCUGCAGUGAGAACGAAUGGUAGUCGUUUGUCAAGGUAUUUAUUUGAAUUUAUUCAGUGAUUGAAUUGUAUCUUGAAUGAAAGGUGUAAACAGUUCUCUCUGCUAUGUUGGAAUGCUUUGCGAUCAUUAUAAGAAUUACGUGAUUUGCUAAUGGAAAGCAGAACACAGUUCACUAAACAAUGUUUGUAUGAUCUGUGACCACAUGCUGAUAGUAAUGAACAAACAAUUAACUAAAACCAGACUGGCGUGAUCGUAUCUAGAAUUACCAACGUUCUGGUAGAAAAAAAAAUAUAUAAAUAUUCUAGUAUGAUCUUUGAUCAGGAUUUCACAGGAUUCUGGUGAAAACAAUCAAGUUAUUCUAUAAACCAGAGUAAUUUGGUUUCUGAUUAAAUGUACGUUAAAAAUCUUCAACAUCGCAACUUUGAUAAUAAACCUAAUGCUCAAGAGCAAAGGACGAUACACCCACGUAGUUAAUUUUGGAAACACAGGUAAAGAAGUGUUGUGGGCAGAAAGAUUUACAAGUCUUACAAUUAUAGAAACAUAAGUAAAGAGGUGUCGUGGUCAGAAAGACUUAUAAGUCUUGCAAUUAUAGAAAUAUAAGUAAAGAGGUGUCGUGGUCAGAAAGACUUAUAAAUCUUACAAUUAUAGAAACAUAAGUACAAAGGUGUCGUGGGCAGAAAGACUUACAAAUUGUACAAUUAUAGAAACAUAAGUAAAGAGGU